AGAACGUUGCUGUGGUAGCGGCGGGCGCCAUGUUGGGACAGACGGGAAGCGUUUAGGCGGCAGGUUCCGGUCGCUCAUUGUUGUCCUCCAAGCCGGGUUUGUUGUGGAGAGCGCCGGCUUCCUCAUGCCCAGGAUCGGCCGGCGGCGGGCGGAGUGAGGUCACCAUGCCUUUUCCACUGACAAACCAGGGAACACCGCAGCAAGCCCAGAAGAACUUUGGCAUCACCUCCCCUAUCAGUUUAGCGGCUCCUAAGGAAACCGAUUGCUCCCUGACCCAGAAGCUCAUAGAAACGUUAAAACCUUUUGGUGUGUUUGAAGAAGAGGAAGAAUUACAGAGGAGAAUUUUAAUUUUGGGGAAACUGAACAAUUUAGUUAAAGAAUGGAUUCGUGAAAUCAGUGAACUCAAGAAUUUACCGCAGUCUGUAAUUGAGAAUGUCGGCGGCAAGAUAUUCACUUUUGGGUCAUACAGAUUGGGCGUCCACACGAAAGGCGCUGAUAUUGAUGCCUUGUGUGUGGCACCCAGACAUGUCGACAGAAGCGACUUUUUUUCUUCCUUUUAUGAAAAGUUGAAGCUGCAAGAUGAAGUAAAGGAUCUCCGUGCCGUGGAAGAAGCUUUUGUACCUGUGAUCAAGCUUUGCUUUGAUGGAAUAGAGAUUGAUAUUUUAUUUGCAAGACUUGCACUUCAGACAAUUCCUGAAGACCUGGACCUAAGAGAUGACAGCCUGCUGAAGAAUUUAGACAUAAGAUGUAUACGGAGCCUUAAUGGUUGCAGAGUAACCGAUGAAAUCCUCCAUUUAGUGCCCAACAUCGAUAAUUUCAGGUUGACUUUGAGAGCAAUUAAACUAUGGGCCAAGCGCCAUAACAUCUACUCCAACAUCUUAGGAUUUCUUGGUGGUGUCUCCUGGGCUAUGUUGGUGGCAAGAACAUGCCAGUUGUAUCCAAACGCAAUAGCAUCCACACUGGUCCACAAGUUUUUUCUGGUGUUUUCGAAGUGGGAAUGGCCAAAUCCAGUUUUGCUGAAGCAGCCAGAAGAGUGUAAUCUUAAUUUACCUGUUUGGGAUCCAAGGGUGAAUCCCAGUGACAGAUACCACCUCAUGCCCAUCAUCACGCCAGCCUACCCACAGCAGAACUCUACCUACAACGUGUCUGCGUCCACACGAAUGGUCAUGGUAGAAGAAUUCAAGCAAGGGUUGGCCAUCACGGAUGAGAUCUUGCUGGGUAAAGCAGAUUGGUCCAAACUUUUUGAUGCUCCCAACUUCUUUCAGAAAUACAAGCAUUAUAUUAUUCUGCUCGCAAGUGCACCAACCGAAAAACAGCAUCUUGAAUGGGUGGGUUUAGUAGAGUCGAAGAUCCGUAUUCUCGUUGGAAGUCUAGAGAAGAAUGAAUUUAUCACACUCGCUCAUGUGAACCCUCAGUCAUUCCCAGCACCUGGAGAAAACCCAGAAAAGGAAGAAUUCCAGACCAUGUGGGUUAUUGGAUUGGUGUUCAAAAAGAUGGAAAACUCAGAAAAUCUCAGCGUGGACCUCACUUACGACAUCCAGGCCUUUACGGACACUGUUUACAGGCAGGCAAUAAACAGCAAAAUGUUUGAAAUGGACAUGAAGAUUGCAGCAAUGCAUGUGAAAAGGAAGCGACUGCAUCAGCUCCUCCCGACACACGUAUUGCCGAAAAAGAAAAAGCAUUCAAUGGAGGGCGUGAAGCUCGUCUCCCUCAAUGACAGCAGCUUGGACCUAUCGAUGGACAGUGACAACAGUAUGUCUGUGCCUUCUCCCACCAAUGCUACGAAGAGUAGUCCAUUGAAUGCCUCAGGAUUGUCCCAGGGUAGAAGCAGUCCAGCAGUACCUGUCAACUCUUCAGCCUCGACCACAGCUGCUGCAGAAGUCAUUGCACCUCCGAGUAAUCCCGGCGAUACUUCAUGGGAUAACCUCAACGAUAGCAUUCCUUCUGAUACUGCCAUGCAGCCCGCCAAUUCCUCGACACCGAAGCCUGUGGUGUCCAGAGUCGUGACCGCUACCCGUUUGGUGAACCAAGUCUCAAAGCCAUCAACGAACAUAGCGGCAAAAUUGCCCAGUCCUGUAUCUUCUGGUAUAAAGCGGUCUUCCUCAUCACCGAAAGAGGAGAGUCCGAAGAAAACCAAAAUCGAAGAGGAUGAACUCUAUGCCUGUACUGCGAAUGAGGUGGAGGAAUCGCAGAAAGUUGAAGUGGAAGUUGUAAAGGAGCAAGAUGGAGACGUGAAAUCCUCAUCCCCUGUCCCCGGAGCUCUGCCAUCUUCUCAGCGAUCGUCCAGUACCGAUCUGUCUGAUAUCCCCGCACUACCGGCUAACCCUAUCCCAGUUAUCAAGAAUUCUAUAAAACUAAGACUGAACCGGUAAAACUCCCCCCAGUUUUAGUUCCUCAGGGUCCAUAAACGAUCUCUCCGCCAGAUGAACAGUGGUCUCCUGGAAGUGCUGGAGAAGACGAGUACAGAAGCGUGGUGUUACUAAAGGAAAAAAUUAAAAAAUAGUUUAAAUAAUUGUAUUGGCCUGUAAGCACCGAUCUGGAAGUCCAGGUUAGUACGAUGUCUGAAGCAGCAGUAACUGGUCGCCAUUUACCGUAAAGGACUGAAAUCUUGGGCGAUCAGACUGAUCACUGCAUCUGUACUCAACGAUAGUUCAUGUAUCUCUCGCAGAAAUCGACAAUACAACCGGCCUAAGCUCUCAGCAGACGCACUUUUAUGUUUCGUUUCUUUUAACCGUAGUGAGGAACUUUUAGAUGGGUUUCUUUUAAUUGUCCUUUUUCGGUUUCAUUCAUGUGCUAGAAUUUUUUGCAUGUUGGAUCCCAACACUGGACUCGUCAUUUUGAUGGGUUUUCCCC